AUGAGUACUCUCAAGAUCUCAAAUCCGAGACUCCCUCUCGGCUCAACCGUCCUCGUCACAGGUGUGAAUGGCCUCAUCGCAUCCCAGCUUGCAGACCAGCUCAUCCAGGCGGAAUAUCGCGUUCGAGGGUCCGUCCGCAGUGUGUCUAAGUAUGCCUGGCUUGACAGUUUCUUCUCGGAUCGAUACGGACCAGACAAGUUCUCGCUAGUCGAAGUCACCGACAUGCGCGUGCCGGGUUGUUUCGACAACGCCGCCAAAGAUGUCUCCGGAAUCGCGCAUACGGCGACUUAUAUGGAUUUCACUACUCAAAACCCAAACGACGUGAUACCACCAGUACUCCAGAGCAUCACGACGGCGCUAGAAGCGGCAAAGAAGAGCACUAGCGUUAAGGCUUUUGUUCUCACGUCUUCAAGCUGGGCGACCAAAAGUGCGGAAUCGAAUGUCGAGGAAGCACCUACCACAAUCUAUUCUGCCAGCAAAGUCGCAGCCGAGCAAGCGCUCUGGAAGUGGGCAAAGGAGAACAACCCCAAAUUUGUCGUCAACGCCGUUCUACCGAGCACGACGACGGGAGGGAUACUCAACCCCGAGAAGCAAGGGAUCCCGAGCACAGCUGGCUUCGUGCAGAUGUUCUAUAACGCACAGAAGACCGAAGAUGUGCAGUUCCCUAUGUCGUUUGUCAAGCCGGGUUGGUAUAUCGAUGUCGGUGACGUGGCGAAACUCCGCAUUGCAGGCUUGGUCGAUCCGGGUGUGACAAAUGAGAGACUGUAUGGAUUUGCGGGAGACUUCACCUGGGAUGACGUCCUCGCUAUUUUCAGGGAGUUGGACCCUAAGAGGACUUUCUUAAAGGACUUCGGCAUGGAACGAGACAAAGUGGAUAUUAGGCCGCGUGGACGGGCUGAGGAGGUGCUCAAGGAGUGUUUCGGGGUCGGGUUCACGGGCCUAAAGGAGACUAUAACGGCUAAUAUCGAGAGCUUUACUAAACAUCAGGUUAAGAGUGGUGCCGGCUGGGUUAGCACAACUUGAAACACAGUUUAAAUACCAGAACAGUCCUAAGGUCUUUAUGCACGUUGUUGGCUAAGACACGGUGCCUGGGGAUGGCUCAAUUACAUGAAUAGCUGGUGGAUUCAGACUCUUUGAAUUCCCCUCAAUGGAUUUGGCGUAAGGUGC